GGUAGGGAGGGAAAUAGGUAAUGAUCCCCACUUGAGACCAACUCGCCUCUUGCUCACCGUAGCUAGGGAAGGCCGCCGCCGGAGCCGAGCGAUAAAAUUGAUUGGUUCAGGGAGUGCUCAGGCCAUGCGCACUAAGCGGGCCUGGAACUGGAUUGGGGCUUGAGGUGGGGAGGACCCUCCCGGGUUCUUAAAGGGCCAGCGCUUGGGAAGGAAGCUGCUGCAGCUACAAGAUGAGUGAAUCCCUGGUGGUUUGUGAUGUUGCUGAAGACCUUAUAGAGAAGCUGAGAAAAUUUCGUUUUCGUAAAGACACGAACAAUGCAGCCAUUAUCAUGAAGAUUGACAAAGAGAAACAGCUGGUGGUUUUGGAUGAAGAACAUGAGGGCAUAUCUCCAGAUGAACUAAAAGAUGAGCUUCCAGAAAGACAACCUCGAUUCAUUGUCUAUAGCUACAAGUACCAGCAUGAUGAUGGGCGAGUCUCUUACCCACUCUGCUUUAUCUUCUCAAGUCCAGUUGGGUGUAAGCCUGAGCAACAGAUGAUGUAUGCUGGCAGCAAAAAUAAGUUGGUGCAAACAGCAGAACUCACAAAGGUAUUUGAAAUCAGGAAUACAGAAGAUCUGACUGAGGAAUGGCUUCAGGAGAAGCUUGGCUACUUCCACUAAAAGAAGGAUUAAGCAUUCCAUCCAAUUCAAACUGGAACCAGAUAUGACUCCUGCUUUCUAAACCUAACAAAAAUGCACUGUACUUACAGUUGUUUCCUGCAAUGUUUGUAUGUAUGUACAUAUAUAUGUAUAUAUUUGUCUGUGCAAAAUUUAUAUACACGAGGGGAAGAAGUAUCUCCUGCUUAACCAAACUUUGCCCAGGAUUAUUCCUUUCCUUCUAAUUGUUUAAAAGGGAACAAUUUCCUUCCUGCAGGGAUAAUUUUUUUUUUCUUUUUGCACAUACAUGACUAAUAUUUCUAUCUGGACUAAUCAGAACUGGUAAUUGUUUACAACUCCGGGACAGAAUCUCCAAAGGGACACAUUGUGCACUAGCUCUUGUUUGUAUCAAUGGACUGUGUACUCAGUCAAAUAUUCUGGAAACUUACAGCAGAUUUUUCCCCCUCUUGAGCUACAAGUGCAUCUUCUUUUAAUAGAAACUGGACAUUAAUAACUAAUAACUGGACCUAAUGCUAUGUGAAAAUAACACUGAAUCCAGUGUCAUGAAAACGUUGGAAUUGGGCCCAAUUUACUUUAGGAUAGAUACUUUAGUAUGGUUCCUAACAUCUCCAGAUGGGCCUUUUCUUUUCUCUUAAAAGAACCCCAAUUAUUUUGAACCUUAUAUUUCCACUUUGGGUCAAAGGUUUAACACUAUUUUUGUGUAUGUAAAGGAUAGCAUUUUUACUAAUCAAAUAGAAAGUAGAUUUAAAGCAACCUCUUAAGGGCUUGGUCACAUACCGUAGUGGACUUCCUUUCCAAAAGUCUUUAUAUGUAGAUCUAUUAAUAUGAAAGUCUUGACUUUUCUGGACUUUUUAUGCAAGCACUUCUCAAUCUGUGUGCCUUUAAAAAAAUAUCUAUCAAAUGAUUGUAAGAAAGUCUUACACUGCCAUUUUUUUUAAAAAAAAAUACUAAAUUUGAUACAGGUUAACUUUGCCUAAAAGUAUCUCCCUAGUAGCGUCUGAUAGCUUAAUCUCUCUUUCCAUUAACUUCAGCUGUAGGUGCAUACACUCUGAUUUAUACUGCUAUGAUUUAAGGCAAAAUGCUCUGCCUGGCUAAAAGAAAAUUAAAAGUCAACACAUACUCUGAGGUUAGUCAGCAUCCACCACAUCUCUGCAUUCUGUUUCUCAAUAGAUGGGGCUGUGUGUGUGGGUGCCUGGAUUCUUACAAAUGCAGCAGAGGAAAGAAGUAAUCUAUAGCAUGCAGAAUUUGGCUUCCUUAACUACCUUGGUUUCCUUUUUGUACGUUAAAUAUAUGUAGCCAAUGCCUUCUCUGAAGCCAGAGGAAUAUCCAUUGGGGGAGAGCAGUGUCUCGGUGUCAUGCUUAACAUCUUGCGUUUCUCCUUGACUGGACCUUGAUAUACAGAUCAUAUACAUAUACAGAUCAAAGAAUCCCAUCCUCUUUAAUCAGCAGCUUGAAUUACUUAGCUGCAAAACUUGAUUCUCCCUUCAAUGGAUGAUGUAAGCCAAUAAACUGGCAAUAUGAUCUUUAGAGACAGACAGGUAAGGCCUUUCCUGUCUAUUGUUGUUAUGGUUUACCUAGGAAUGAGGUUUCCUAAGACUAGAGGUAGCCAAAUGUAAACUGACAAAGGAGCAGAAAGAUAUGCUGUUUCCCAAACUGAUAGUUGAUCAAACUCUACAUCGGCAUGAUGCACUAUACGUGGAUUAUAACUGCAACAUUCCAAAAUCUCAACAUUAUCCUAGGUCAGGGGUGUCAAACUGGUGGCCCACAGGCCACGCGCAGGCCACACCCACCCCAGUUCCGCGAAGGGGAAAAAAAACAUCGCAAUACAUCACUUGACGGCAACAUGAUGCUGCGAGUUUGACACCCGUGUCCUAGGUCAUCUAGUUGGGCAAAAUGUCAGAUUCUGUAUACCGAAUCUGAUACCGGUUGGCAUUAAUGGGAUUAUAUCUCUGGUAAUAUGAUUUCUUGAUACGACUCUUGGAAGCAUCCCCCCACCCCACCUCCAAAUACUUUAAAGAGUCCAAGAAUUUCUCAUUGCCAGGACAAAGGAAAAAGUAGUAGCUUUUACAUUUUAGUAGACCAGUUCUUGUUCAUUUUAGAUAAACCAUGCACUGAUUGGGUUAUGCGUUUUGGGCAUCUGAGUGUGUUGCCUAAUUCUGCAAGCAGCUUACCUGCAUAGAAUUGGGCUGGUCAUUUUAAAGAGGACAGUUAUUACUGAUAGGCAAAACUGCUAUGCUUAAAAUAACAUGUUGAGGCAGACUAUUAUUAAAUGACAUAGAAAAAUAUUAGCUAUCUUUUUUUUUUCUUUCUUUAAUGGCUGUCUUCUGUCUUUGUUAGUAGGAAAAUAUAAUCCAUUUUGGGCAUUUGUUUUUGUUUUAUAUAAUUUUAAACAUAGACAGUUCCCAUUCUUUUCUGUAGGAGAGGGAGAACUCUUUUGUGGAGUGGGAGUGAGAGAACCAUCAAUAUAAAUAUACUUUAAAAAAUUACACGAAUAGCUUAGGAUUUUUCUAGAGAUUCACCCUGCAAAUAAGCCUCCAAAAAUGCACACUUUAAUAGUAUUUCUAUUACUUGAUAGGAUUUAUUUAAAGAGCUGUUCUGAAGCUACCCUGGGCUCCUUGGAGGAGGAAUAUUUGCAUUCACCAUAUAAACAGUUAUUUCUAUGCAAGACUUGGAACUGAGGUUCUAGUUUCUUGGGAGUUUGUGAAAGUGACUAUAAAUAACCUAAAGUAAAACUUGUACUCUCUGAGAAAGUAAAAACCCAGAUUUUUAUGUCAUGAAUGCUACAUUGGAAGAAUAAAUUUAAUUCAGAAUAACCCUUCCAAUGAAUCAUGUCUGGGGGAACCCUCUGUAAAUGAUUUUGCAAUGGAUCAUUUAAGCUCUGGUCUAAUUGUUCCAUCUUGAAUGGCAUUACAAUGAACUGCAGCUGUGUUAUCCCUGAACUAUUAAUAGAGUACAAUAGUACAGAGGCUGUUUUACAUGGAUAUUGAGAGGGAGUCAGAUUUGUUCUUUGGUUGAAGGAGGAUAUACAUAGAAAUCCUUUAUGUACCAAAUAUGUCUGAAGAUUCUUUUGUGCUUAUCUGCCUUCUUUACCACUCUUUUGUUAAGUUUUUUUUAAAAACCAGUGUUUUUUCUAGGAAUAUUUUUUCUUAAGCGACUGACUGCAGUCCCUCAUCUAAGAUUAUAAUCCUGGGAUGCUCUUAAUUUGAAUGUUUUUUUUCUCCCUUUUAUUAGAGCAGACUCUUAAUCAGCUCAAGAAUUGUACUCAGCUUUUUGUGAAUCAUAUUCCAGAGUUAGUGAAGUUUGGUUCAAUUUUGGAUAAGUGUCAAGAGUUUUAAGAAGUAAAUUGUAAAUCACCCAUUUUGCCAGUUCAAUACUCCAGAAAGCAGAAAAGGGGGGAAGAUAAUUCAGUCUUGAAGUGCUGCUAAAAGAAUUGUGCCCACUGUUACAUGGUGUUCCUGCGCCAUAUUUGUGCCCCUCUGGUGUAGGAUAAAAUGGAGGUUGAAGAGAGUCUGGAAGAUGAAUGAUUUGUCAGAAGCAUUUAAAAAUUAGGAAUACUGUUCAGUUCUCUGUAAAGUUUGGCAAGAAAAACAUAGGUAGCUGAACACUCCUUGGAAUUAUGUUUGGUCAAAGUUGGUGAAGGAAAUUGCAGGCUUGAUUUUCGGUUUAAAGAGAUUGAGACUAAACUCCACAAUUUGGAAGCUGUUGUCUUUUCUAAGCAAUUGCUUGUCUCUACCCCACCACAAUAUUUCAUUCUGUGAUGUCUUUGGGGCAUUAUGAUGUGAACUAUAGUUAUUCCUAAAUGGAAUUCUGUUUGCAGCCUGGAAACACUGACAUCUUUAGCUAAUAGGAGAGGAUUUUUUUCCUGCUCCUCCCCUUCUCUAUUUGGAUUUUGAAGGAGCAACAUGUGAAGAAUUUCCAUCAAAACAUGUAGCUGUAACAACUUUUUGAAUACUAACUUGUUUUUAAAUCAAAUUUUCAUAUGGAUGUUUUAAUAUAGUGGGAUGAUAAAUUUCUAACAAUGGUUCCAUUUCUGGUCUUAUUCUGGUAGUACUUCUCAUUAAUCUUUUAUAGAUUAGAAUUGUCAAUAUUUCAAAAUGAGGCCAAAUACUUGGUUUUGAAUUUCUUUUUUUCCCCCCCUCAAGCCUUUUCACAUAUUACAUAUAUACAUAAUACAUGUUUGUUGUAGCAUAUAAACAACAGGAAGAUCCAAGCAAAAGGGAAGAAUCACAGAAUACAUGUGCUUUUAAUAUUCACGUUGCAAUUGUAUGAAUCAAUUGUUUGAACAUAUUCCCCUUUUCCUGUAAAAGCUUUUUUGAACUUUAAAAAAAUCAUAUCUUUAUGCUUUAUUGAUAGUGCCGUAUUCACUGGAUAAAAUGUGAAACUGGCAUUUGUGAAUCAAUCUGUUAAUCAACAUUGAUCAGCUUUUGUGAAAGCAUGUGGGAUUUAAUUCAUUCUUCUCUGUUGUGACCCUUUCCAGAUGUGUUGAGUGGCACCAGAUUAGGGAGUUGAUCUAAGUGAAUAGACAUGGCUUGUUAUGUUCACGGAAGAAUCGUUGUUUCCCCCUCACUGAUGGAAGGUUAUGUUCUUGUGUGAAACAGGUGAAAAGGCUUUCAUAGCAUGCAGGGUUUUUAAAAAAAUGAGAAUCAGUCUACUAAUAAAACUGGGUAGAUUGCUAAAGUCCUGAUAGUUCUGCACUAUUUUAUAUGUUGAAAUCAGAUCAGUACUAUAUGAAACAUAUUUUAGGGAAAUGAAUAUGGUACCUAAUUUGGGGGCAGUAAUUUGAUGUGCACAUUGUAAAUGUACAAAAUUGCAAAGCUAUUGAGAAAGGAUCAUUGAGGAUAAAGGUGAACCAAGCCAAUUAUAGCUCACUUACCAUCCCCUCUAGUUGUACCUGAAACGUAUGAGCUGUAGCAUCCAUAGUUCAGCCUCCCUUGACCCAACCUUCCUUUUGGGCCUUCCGCAUAGAAUUCUACAAUCCCAAGUAUUUUAGCUAGUAUAUUUGUUGGAAAUUCAAGGGCAUAUGAUCUGGAGGAUGCCAGCUGGGGUAGGCCAUUAGUUCUGGUUCAAUAUAUUGUUAACUCUGCCCACAAUCUAGAGUUCGAUCCUGAGAGACUCAAGAUUGACUCAGCCUUCCAUCUUUCCGAGGUCAGUAAAAUGAGGACUCAGAAUGUUGGGGUCAAUAUGCUGACAUUGUACACCACUUAGAAAGUGCUGUAAAGCAUUAUGGGUAGUAUGGGUAGCAGUAUGUAAAUCUAUUGCUCUUGCUAGAAUCUGGUUGAAUAACCUACCCCAGUUGGCACUCUUCUGAUAUAUCCAGACUCUAGGUCCUUGAAUUUCCAACAGGUAUAAUUCAUUUUUUUAAAGUAGCUUGGAAUUCUAUCCCCAACACAUCUGGAGGGUGCCACGUUGGAGAAGAUAAUGUGCAUUGAUCGCUGGAAUAUCAGUCUUUUCUAGCCAAUCUGACAAAGGCUGCAGAUUGAGCCCAGGACUACUCUUUCUUGCUUCACUCAACUCCCCUGUCCAAAUUGUUAGUGAGGAUAUUGGUCUCUUUACAAUAAUAUAUUACCAAGUAUUGACUUAAUAUAAUUAAACAUUGCUAAUGCUGAAAAGUUAUUCUGUAUGAGAUAAGAGCAAAGUAUUUUAUAGAAAGGAAAAUGUACCCAGAUCUUGAGUGGCAACUGCAAUAUGUACUUUUAUUGUUCACUGAGCAGAUUGACUGACUGACUGACUGGAGAAGUCCUGACAUUUCUGUGAAACUAUCCAGCUUGACAGGUGUUGCAGUGAUUGGGGUAUUUUUUAAUGUUCUGCUUAGUUGAUUUUGCAUGUUUUUUAAAAUCAUCAUUUUCUUUUUGUUUGGAAAAGCAUGGAGCUUGUAUUGGUAUCAAUGAUCAUACAAUGUUAAUAAAACCUGUCAAACUCCC